AUCUUAGGUUUUAUGAUAUAGCCGAGUAACUCUCUUCAUGAAAUCAACAAUACUGUUGCUCUUCUUCACAGGUGCUACUCUUUUCUUGUCGUCCCAUCAGAACUACAUUAUAGACGACCAUGUAGACACUUCAUCAUUGUCAGUGAAAGUGGAAUACUUAAAUAGAAACAAACGAACUUCGGAUACUACAGUUUUAGAACCAGCUGCUGAAGAAGAAGGUGCAAAUGCUGAAGAAGAUGGUGAAGCUGUAGCAGGAGACGAUGCUGCAGAUGCUGAUAGCAGCUCAUCUGAGGUAGUUUCAGAAAGUGGCGCCGGUGAAGAAACAUCAGACUCAGAUGAAUCAGAAGCAGAAAUUACCUUAGAUGAUGGUUCAGUCCAUGUUACAAAUGAUACCGCAAGUGAUGGCACAGGUGAUGGUGCAAGUGAUGGUACAAGUGAUGGCACAGGUGAUGGUGCAAGUGAUGGUACAAGUGAUGGCACAGGUGAUGGUGACGGAAGUGAUAGUGCAGAAACAAAAGAUCCGCUUAAUUUGGACGAUACAAUCAACGAUUUUUGCGACAAUACAAACAACACGUGUUCCAAGGACAAGCACAAGUACUACGAAGCUACAUACAUACAGGACCAGUCACUGUGGAUAGAGCUUUCUCCAGACUCCAACCCCAUCUAUAAGAGCACACGUCACGUUAACCUAUCUACAUCAGAACCUAAGAGAGGUUAUAAACUGCAGGCGGAGGACUACAACUUAACCAACUUCCUGUUCUACGGCCAGCCUUCCAGCGACGCUACAAUCACAAUCCUAACAGGAGGCUUCCUCCAUGUGGGAGAUAUUCUCUCUCCUAAGAUAGUGUCCAUUGCUCAGUACAUUGCUCCUUUUAUGGGUAACUUCAAUCCUAAUGCUAGUGAAUCUUCACAUGUCUACUAUUACAGCGAUGAGAACGUGUUCAUAGUACAAUGGGAUAAAAUGCAGAUAGCUAACAAAAGCGAUAAAGGAAACUUCACUUUCCAGCUACAGUUACACAAGAACAAUGACAUCGUAUUCGCUUACAAGGAGCUCCCGGAAGUAACACUGUCAUCUGAAGAUCACGAGAACGCAAUCGGUCUCUCUGAUGCUUUCCAUAUUGUUUCACCGAGCCAUCUGAUGAUACACGUGUACCACAAGCUUGAUGUAAACAAGACCAAGAUACACAGCGGUUCAGCUGUGCGACUCAAAGCUCUUACUUCGUGUACGAUGCUGACAGACUGCUACAACUGUACGACGCAGGUUCUACCUGAGUUCGAGUGCAGGUGGUGCAGUAAGGCGCAGGUGUGCAGUGAUAAACACGGCGACAGUGGAUAUGCAAAGUGGUUCAGAGACUGUCAGCUCAACUACAAAGAGAAAGGGCAGUUAUGUGAGGAGUACUGUUAUCUCCCCACCUCUACUGAUGCUGACGAGGUGGAGCACACCACAUACACGCCUCAUCCCCAGGAACCUAUUAUUCCUGCUCUUAACGACGGUUCCUCAAGGUUGAAGGUUGAGUGUGACGCAAACUACUCCGUUUCCAUUCGAUAUCCGAUAACAGCUAGUGGCAUGUUCUCUUGUACUAGCGGAGGUAUUGAGCUGCCCACCUGUAGAAAGAGCUGCACUUACACCACAGCCCCAACUAACGGACAACUAAAGGGAGCUAAUGUUGGACUUCAUCUUAAACCUGAUGCUACAUUCGUUGUAACCUGCAAUUCUGGUCACAAGCUCAAGAAAGGAGAAAGCAGGAACGUAACCUGUAUAGAUCCCGGCGUCUUGGAACCCGAUCCUGCUAACGUUAUUUGUGAGAGGUAUUGCACGAUAACACAUCCUCACAACGCUGAGUACAACCCUGCUCCUUUAGAGAACGGCAUCCUUCACGAGGGGGAAAUUAUCACCAUGACCUGCAAGGAGGAUUACGCAUUUGACGCGUUUCUACGGGGCACCCAAACAAACAACACCCUCACCCUAGACUGUGAAGAACCAAGCGACUUCUCCAAUCUAGAUAAGAUGUGUGUAGGGUACUGUAAAGUUGACCAACAUCCUAACACUACUUAUGACCCCAGCAUCGCAAUGAUAGGACAGAAGAUAAAGAUAACAUGCGCUAACGGAACCUUCCUCAAACCCGUGGAGAUGGGAAAGGAGUACACGUGUCAACAGCGGGGACCUCUGGUCUUACCUGCCUGUCAAGCUAAAGCUGAAGAAAAGGUGGAACCAAGUGGUGGCAGUACCUCCCACUCCCUCACAAUCCUGCUGAUAAUCUUCAUCCUAACUGUUGUGUGUAUAGUCGGGGGCUGGGUCCUCUACGCUUACCGUAACCCGACCUCUCCCUCCGGUCUCUUCCUUAUUGAGAAGUGCAGACCCUGGACAUGGCGCUCCCACACAUACCAUCAACAUGGUUAUAAUCCACGAUACAGCUACCCGGAUAGGCUGGCUGAGCGGGUUUAUAUCCUGAGUUAGCUGUAAGUUCUUUACUCACUCGUUACCAUGGUAACUUAGAGUGAAAGUGAAAGUGAAAGUGAAACUCCUUUCUCCACAGGUACAGCAGGCACCAAGAAAGCUUGGCUGAAUCUUACUACAUGGAUGGGGGAAUAUGAUCUGCUGCGGCUCUUUUGCAUGACCACGCAUGAUCAUGCAUUCAUGCUAUUUGAAUAUUUUAAGUGUCAUAAUUAUGAUAAUUAACGCAUAAUUAUGAUCACCAAUGGAUAAUUAUUAAUUAUGCUGUAAAGAAACAUGCUGUCAGAAUACAAGGGUGAUUUGUGGAAGUUUGUAGUUUUUAGCAGUAAAUAUAUUUGUUGAAUACAAAUUGUAGAUACCGAGUGUUCAGUGAUGUGACUGUUAUAUUAGUGGGGAGAUGAUGCACAGUCCUUUCUUUUUGAAUUUUCGUCAGAACACAUUAAAGGAAUGUACUCAUAUAAUGCUAGCGCCUUGACUCGGUGUCCUUAACUAGAAUACUACCAGGAGAGGGAUCGAAAUUGCUUCUUACUCCACACAGAUUAUUUAAACACAUGUAAUAAAUCUGACAACCAAACUUACUUUACAAGGUUCCUGGUGCAAGUGCAUGAUCUCCCCCACAGUAGCUUCACGUAAAAUGAGGUUUUAUUGUAGUUGACUUGUCAGGUGACAUUUUGUUGGCAAUAUUUUAACCUACAAAUUGUGUUUAGUUAACAUAACACGUGGCUCACUUAUAUCGUAAUUUUACUAAGUUUUUAUGCAUUCACUAGCCCUGUUACUGUAAAGGUGCUUUUUCUCAGAAACUUUUCAGCCAUUGAUCGAAACUUCAGUCCUCUGCAUGCUGCCUUAAAGUUAUUUUAAGUUAUUAUUAGUUACUUUUAGUUACUUUAAGUUACUUUUAGUUACUUUUAGGUACUUUUAUAGUUACUUUUAGUUAUAUAACAUCUUGUAUAGUUUUAAAACAUUCUUGUGUGUGUGCCUUUUGGAGUGAAUAUCAUAUUUAAAUUCUUUACUCUAUUUUUAUACGUAUUUAAUCUCCCUGAACUUCUGAUAUUUAUUAACUUUACUCAUUUGAAUAGCACAGUUUUAUUUUUUAAGAGUGUGUUCACUGUUCAACUCACAUGAUUAAAAAAGUAUAAAUUUAAUCUAAUUUAUCUGGCACGCAAUUAAUAGUCAUGGUGAUUGUUAUCUUUGAAAUUUAUCGCUAGUGGUUCAAUGGUUAUCGUAAAAAUGCUCUACUGCACUUCAUUUGACAGGUGGAAUAUACAAAUUCCAUCCACUUCGGCAUUAUACGAUGGUUUUAUCACGUAAAAUGUAUUUUCUGACAUCAUUUCCAUUUUUCUUAGCACGUUUUUACUGUCAAAAUCUCGCGUUUUAGAUUUCCCACCAGAUUAAUUUCAAGAAUAGCUUAACUCUUAUUUCCAGGAGUUUUCAACAGUUAAUCAAAUAGGUUUUGAUUAAAAUAUAAGUUGAACGCUAUAAAAGAAAUUGAGAUCAAUAAAAUUGAUUUUGAAUUUAUCAAGCAGUUGCUGAUUUUGACCCGCACAUGAAUUAGUAAAUUAAUUUUCUGUUUUUUUCCCCAAAUAAUAAAAAGUUGGGAAAGUUAAAUAAAAGUUUUUCGUUGAAUAAAGUAUAAUUUUAAGUAAGUUUGGAAGAUCGUUUUGAUCGGUUUAAUGAUAAUUUUGUAUGAAGAAAACAAUCGUUGUUUCUUAUUUACCAGAAAUAUUAGCCCACGAAAUACGCUUAAUUUAUUGAAUAAGUGGAUUUUAUUUAAAAUUUAUGCUGUGUAUUUGUAUUGCCGUAAGAUAUCUACGACAAAUAGUGUCGAGGGAAAGAGAAUAUCAGGAUGUUAAGUUGAAGUUAUGUAGAAAUUAAUUUAAAGUUUUCUAUGAUUUCAUAUAUUGGACA